AUGCGAAUUUCAGUGAUUGAUGGUCGAGCACUCCGUAAACGACGUCAAGGACUACAGUCAAGUGCCUAUUCUGCAAUAAAUAAUAUUCGCAACAUUAAUCCAAACACAGGUUAUGCACAAAAUUUUAUAGGACCAGGACGUAAUUGGUAUCCAAUAGGUAAUCGUUGGUUCAGACAAGAUAAUCCGCCAUAUCCAUAUAAUAACCAAUUCGGCUACAAUGCACCACCACUUCCAUAUGGCUAUCCCAGUUGGUUAGGCACUUCUACCGCCUUGGAAUAUGGAGCUCCGUGGCUUUCUCAGCACGAUUCGUAUGUGCUUACGGCUUAUAGUGGUCAAUCUUUCGUUCCACCCUCAAGUGAUUAUUAUUUUAUGCCGUUGCCCGGUACUAAUCGUCAUCGACAAUGA